AUAAAGAACAGCUAUAUAUAACACGAUCUCAACACCAACUUCACACCAUCGUCUUUCUUCAAUUUCAUCAUCAAGAAAGCCAUGUCCAACGUUCCCACCGCUCUCUCCGAGUCAUCCCUCACGGCCUCCCGCGUAGCCAUGUCGGUACCCAACCCAUGACCGUUCUCUUAACGGCAUCCGCUCCUCGGCUUGUUAUACUCUCGCGCGCUCGAAGAACCCUGCACUUUCGUUCCGCUCAAAUUUGCUUCUUUCUUGAUAGUCGAGGGCACGGGCGACAUCCGUGCAGGUUUAGUAGUCGUGAUCAUGGGGAACAACAGGACGAGAGGCUUCAGCCUCAAGAAGCACCUCUUCUGGGUCUCCAAGUGGGUCGCGGGCCGGCCACGAAGCCCCUCCCGAGAUUACUGCCGCCUGGGUGCAUCGCCAUCGGGGCCACGCACCACCAGUCCCAUGUCGAAGCUCCUCUCCUGGUGUCGCUGCCUGACAAGCAAGAGGACCAAGCCUUUCUGCUUGGGCAAGCCCGUCGGCUCAGGUAAGACGGUGCCUAAGGGCCACUUGGCUGUGUACGUGGGUCGAAGGAGCGGCGAACUCCACCGAGUUUUAGUGCCUGUGGUUUACUUCAAUCACCCAUUGUUCGGGGAUAUACUGAGAGAAGCCAAGGAGGAGUUCGGGUUUAGUCACCAAGGAGGAGGAAUCACUAUACCAUGCGAGGUUUCAGAGUUUGAGAAAGUGAAGAGCCGAGUCGCCGCCGCCGGCUACUGUGGCCAGAGGAGCACUUGGAAGAGGCAACUUCGGGGAAGGAUCUGGAGACAUUGAGCAUCAACUAUAUAUGAUGAUGACGACAGUGCAUGUAGAUUGUGAAUUGCUCUCUUCUAUUUGAUCAUUGUUUUAGCCUUGCAGCGCUAGUAGGUUUUAGAGGAGUGUAAAUACAAUCUUGAAUGAAUAUAAUGCAUCUAUUUGAUUCCGAAAA